AUGGGUCAAAAAACGAGUAAACAUAAGAAAGAUUUAACUCAUUUAUCCGAAGAAGAAAUCGAACGCUUGACGAAAAAUACAACAUAUUCACGACAACAAAUUCAAGAUUGGCAUCAAGGAUUUCUUCGUGAUUGUCCUAAUGGUAAACUUGACAAAAAGAAAUUUUUAGAAGUCUACAAGAAAUUCUAUCCGGAAGGCAAAGCAGAAAAGUUCUGUACUCAAGUUUUCAAAACAUUCGAUUCGGAUGACAAUGGAUACAUUGACUUCGUCGAAUUUCUCAUCGCUGUUAACAUAACAUCUCAUGGUGAUAUUCGCGAAAAACUCCGAUUGGCUUUCGAUAUGUACGAUAUGAAUAAAAAUGGAAAGCAAAAAAUACGACCAACUGUUGCCAAUAUCGAUACGUCGUCAUUCGCACCGCCGAACAAUUGA